AUGGCGACUGCGCAGAUCUCUGCAGAUAUGCCCAAACCGUCGUUUGCCAAGGUUACGGCCACUGUCACAAAAGAAACUGCGCCGACAGCUCCCGUCGCCAAAAUUGAUUCAAAUGCUCCUAUGACGGCCGUCAUUGCCGACGGCUCCUCUAGUCCCGAGAGCAAACGAGCCACAGCGUCCAAGUCCAAUGGUAUUGCUGUCAUUGCCUCAUCUCUCCAUGACCUCAGCAUCGCAUCAAAAGUUCCCAGUCUAGUUGUCGAUGGACGUUGCUCGGUGUCGGAAUCAGAGCCCCGACGAGCCAACCCAGGCAAAGAUAGUGGCUCAGACGAUUCACAGAAAUGCGAUUCUAGUUCAGAAUUAGGCACGAAGCCACCAAGCUUGGAUGGGAAGAGCAUCACGUCUGGAACGACAUUUGCGCUUGAUGAAAAAGAGUCCCUACGUCCUGACGACAGCGCCAGUGUUCAGGCUGCCGCGGAAGACGAUGACAACUUUUCUGUUCGUGGCUCGCUGGUCGCUGGGUCUCGAAUGAGUUCAGAUGUGGCCCUCAGGAACAAGGGGAUGUCAUCAGGGGACUUAGCUGGGCGAAAGGCGGCCCAUGCAGCGAUGGGCGUGCCUUCUCAUGGUAUUCUCACGCCGCAGAGCGCCCCAUCCGAACGCGGUCAACCCCUGGCUGCACCUGUACCCUCGAAUGCAGAUGGAUCGCCCGAUGCCUUGAAUGUCAUAUACCGGCAGGCUCCGGAUGAAAAGCUUCUGGAUGCUUUAGCAAGUCCAAGGGAUCGAUAUUUCUUACUUCGACUUGAGAAAGACGUGAUUGAUUUUGUGCAAGACUCCAAGGAGCCCUACAUGGACUUGCCGCCGUCCAAUUCAUUUUGUAGAAUGCUGACACAUAAACUGGCCGACUACUAUCACAUGACUCAUUCUUAUGAGCCUCACAUUGGCUCGGUCCGGAUCUUCAGAACCCCCUUCUGUCGUGUCCCGCCCUCGUUGGCUACCAUGACCCCUCAAUCCAACCCAUCUUCAAGCAGCACACCGCCACCCGCAGUCCUGCCCAGGAAGAUCAUGCGGCGUGGUCAGGACGAUGAGGGUCUAGUGAGUGCUAAUGCGUCAAAGCCUACAUCAGAGUCAGGAAGUGAGGUCAAAGAUGCCAAGCUAGCCGCAAACCAAAAACUUUCGCGCGAAGAACGCGAGGAGGCCUACAAGUUGGCUCGUGAGCGUAUUUUCGGUAGUUCAGAAGAUAGUAUUCCAGAAAACGACGGUGCAACUGGCAUGUCUCGCACGAGCUCAGUCUCUGCUAGCAACAGGACAGGAGGUACCAAGAGAGGCAAGUCUGGCAAACAACGGCGAGACGAUUCAGAUAGUUUCGAUUCCCGAAAUCAGUAUACCCCUUAUUGGGGCCCUCAACAACAGACAUGGGUACCUCAGUCUCAGGGACAAUAUAUCCCUUCAGCGGCGGGACAGUUUACUCCCCAGCCUCAGACAUCGUACCCUGCCCAAGGUCCCCUCGCGUACAGUCAGCAAGCCGCCAAUUAUGCCGGUGUGCCCGCCAUGGCACCCAACACAACCUACUCCGGGUACGGCAUGCCACAACAAUAUCCUCCCCAACACCCCCAACAGCGCUUCCCGUCUAGUGGUAGUCCUAUGACAACUUACGGUGCUCCUGUUCCCCCUGGUGCUGCGCCGCAGCAAGUUUGGGCACAGCCAGGGUAUAACCAGCCCUCGUACCCAUCUCGAGCGCCUGCACCACCAUCAGGACCGACUCAAGUUGGAAUUCCGUAUGCAUAUGGACAACUCCCCGUCAAUGCCAAUCCUAAUGACCCAAAAAGCCAGCACCCAAUCCCCGGUAGCUACAACAGGAACCAUGCCUUCAACCCCAAGACUCAGUCAUUUGUUCCUGGUGGAACUGGAGUGCCAAUAGUGCCGCCUCCCCAGCCGCCUUUCACGGCUCCUGGGUCUCAUCACGGCAGCCCACAAAUUGGCACUCCACCGCAUCUGUCAUAUGGAGCUUACCCUCCGUCCGUCCCUCAAGCAUUCGGUGGAGGGUACGUCAUGGCACGACAGGGAUCAAGCAGCUCUAUGCCCGGCUAUCACAGCGUCCCGCAUGUCCCCUCACCACAUAUGCAGCAGCCUCAACUACCUCCUUUGCCAGCUGGGCCUCUUGGUCCUCCGCACCAACAUCUACCACAGGCUCCCCCGGCACAUAUUCCCGGUCGACCUCCAAUGCCUGCCCCUCAAGGGGCCGGUCAGAUAUUCACUCAUUUACCUACCUACGGGAACCCGGCUACUCUACCGCAGAAACCGGCUACUGGAAUUUAG